UACAGGGUGGAAAAAUACAGACCCAUGAAAUUAUGUGAAAUAGUUGGAAAUGAAGAUACUGUGAGCAGGUUGGAGGUCUUUGCAAAAGAGGGGAACGUACCAAAUAUUAUAAUUGCUGGUCCUCCAGGAACAGGUAAGACCACCAGUAUCCUCUGCUUGGCUCGUGCUCUGCUUGGUCCUGCAUUAAAGGAUGCUGUUUUGGAGCUGAAUGCCUCAAAUGACAGAGGCAUUGAUGUUGUGAGAAACAAAAUCAAAAUGUUUGCCCAGCAAAAGGUCACGCUUCCAAAAGGUCGGCAUAAAAUAAUCAUCCUUGAUGAAGCAGACAGCAUGACAGAUGGAGCACAGCAAGCAUUGAGAAGAACAAUGGAAAUUUAUUCCAAAACAACGCGCUUUGCACUUGCGUGCAAUGCCUCUGACAAAAUCAUAGAACCUAUUCAAUCCCGGUGUGCAGUGCUGCGUUACACCAAGCUGACAGAUUCACAAAUCCUUGCAAGGCUACUGAAAAUUGUUGAGAAAGAGGAUGUACCAUAUACAGAUGAUGGUCUAGAAGCCAUUAUCUUCACAGCCCAAGGAGAUAUGAGACAGGCAUUAAACAACUUACAGUCCACAUAUUCUGGAUUUGGCUUUAUAAACAGUGAAAAUGUCUUUAAGGUAUGUGACGAGCCUCAUCCUCUGCUUGUGAAAGAAAUGAUACAACACUGCAUAAAUGCAAAUAUUGAUGAAGCAUACAAGAUUCUUGCCCACCUGUGGCGACUUGGAUACUCUCCAGAAGAUGUGAUUGGCAACAUCUUCCGUGUGUGUAAAACCUAUCAAAUGCCAGAAUAUCUGAAACUGGAAUUUAUCAAGGAAAUUGGGUACACUCAUAUGAAGAUAGCAGAAGGUGUGAACUCCCUUUUACAAAUGGCUGGACUGCUGGGCAGGCUGUGUCAGAAGACUGCAGCCCCUGCAGCAAGUUAGAUAUUUCACUGAGCUGAAGCCUGCGUUCUGGAAGGUGAAGGCCUGGUGUGCAAGGUCAGCAGUGUGUCCUGAAUUCUGCAUGCAAAGAGACCGUUCCCUUGGUUUUGCUAAAUCACAGAAAAAUAACCAGGUUCUAUUGUAAAAAUGUUUUGUACUGUUUUAUUUAGACCAAUAAAGCUUUAAAAUUUGCUUUAAC